AUGGCUCGACGACUAUACCUUGGAAAGCUUCCCACUGAUGUGCGGUCUGAGGAAGUUUCAAAAUUUUUCGAAAGCGCCGGUAGAGUCGUCGACUGUCGUGUCAUGACAGGCUUUGGAUUUAUCGAGUUCGAGAACUCAAAGGAUGCAGAAGAUGCAGUUCGAAACUUUGACGGAAAAAGUUUCAUGGGCUCUAGUCUUGUGGUCCAAUUCGCCAAAGAAGGUGGCCGCCCAAAAAGAGAUCAUUUCGAGGAUAGGAGAGAGUUCAGUGUUCGUUCUCGUCGCCCACCAGCCGUUCGUAUCACGGUAUCCGGCCUAUCUCGCGACACCAGCUGGCAGGACUUGAAAGACUUUGGUCGUGAUGCCGGUACUGUUAGCUUCUCCGACAUUUCUCGUGACGUUCCGGGACAAGGCGUCCUGGAAUACCCCUCCCGUGAAGAUGCCGAACGUGCUGUGAAGCAGCUUGAUAACACGGAUCUCCGUGGACGCCCUGUCCGUGUCGCCCUCGAUGACUCUCAUUCUGGUGCCGACAACUAUCGUCGUGAUGACCGUCGUGAUGACCGUUAUGGCAGGGAGGAUCGCUACAAGGAGCGCGAUGACCGCCGCGACGACCGCUACCGCCGUGACAGAUCUAAGUCACCUCGACGUGGAGAUCACGAUGACCGCCGUCGGUCCCCUCCGGCAAGGAGGGGAGAGGAUGAUAGAAGGCCUCCAGGGGAUGAAGACAGAAGACACGACAAAAGGCGCGAGGAGAAGGAGGAACGCUUCGACGACAGGCCGAGGCACGCCAAUGGAGACGGCGGAUAUCGUUAA